AACAAAGAGGUGUAACGAGGGGGGUACGGUGUGUUGGGCCCGGGUGGCGAAGGCGAAAGUAUGCCGUGUAUAUAAGGCGACGAACCAACGGCAAUCAGCAUCCAGUUCACUUCUGGACGCACCUGGAAUAUCUCGAGAGCAAAAAUGAGAAUCCUGGUUUACACGACAGCGAUCGCCCUGUUGGUUUCGUCCACGUGGGCCGAGGAGAAGACGUCUGAGAAAGCAGAAGCUUCGGUGGAAGACAAUUCUACGAAAAAACAAGAGAAACGCGGCCUGUUGGGUCUCGGUUACGGUUACAGCUACGACGGUGGUUAUGACAUCGGAUCUGGUGGACACAGUGGUCUGGAAUUAAGCGGCAGCGGCUAUGGCGGUGGCUAUGGUGGCUACGAUGGUGGACACGAACACAUCAAGACCGUGACUGUUGUUAAGAACGUAGCUGUUCCAUAUCCCGUGGAGAAACACGUGCCUUACCCCGUGGAGAAACCCUACCCAGUCCCUGUGAAAGUUCCAGUACCGCAACCAUACCCGGUGGAAAAGCCUUAUCCAGUCAAGGUCCUCGUCAAGGUUCCAGUACACGUACCACAACCGUACCCCGUGGAAAAGAAGGUUCCAUAUCCGGUUCACGUACCCGUCGAUCGCCCAUACCCCGUCAAAGUUUUGGUUCCACAGCCUUACCCCGUGGAGAAACACGUACCAUAUCCGGUAAAGGUACCAGUGCCACAACCGUAUCCAGUUGAGAAACCAGUCCCAGUGCCGGUCAAAGUUCCAGUCCAUGUACCAGCCCCUUAUCCAGUGGAAAAAUUGGUUCCGGUGAAGGUUCCUGUUGAUCGUCCGAUCCACGUGCCAGUACUCAAACCCUACCCCGUGCACGUUGACAGGCCAGUACCCUAUCCAGUGGAAAAACCAGUGCCAGUCGCAGUCAAAGUACCAGUCGACAGACCGUAUCCAGUCCCGGUAGAGAAGCCAGUCGCUGUCCCGGUAAAGGUACCGGUACCACAGCCCUAUCCAGUCGAGAAGCCAGUACCUUACCCCGUGGAUCGGCCGGUGCCGGUGGAAGUUAAGGUUCCAGUAGACAGACCGUAUCCAGUUCACAUCGAGAAACCGGUGCCCUACCCGGUUGAGAAACCUGUUCCGUACCCAGUUAAAGUACCAGUAGCAGUUUCGGUACAUGACGUUGGUUACAGCAGCGAGUGGGCGGGUGGCCACGGUUAUCAUUAACUUCGUUCCAGUCGCGUUUGUUCCAGCUUGAUUACCAUUCGAGCGAUCUUUCGGAUGGUAAUCACGUGCCGGCGACAUCGAGCAAUCGACGAGCAGCUUUAGGAAAAUAGAGGAGAGAAAAGAAGAAAUGAAAUUGACGAGAGUCGGAAGGGAACGGUACUCGAUGGCACGCGUCUAUUCACGUAUUUCUUCUUGUACCUGGAUCGCGACAGGGGUGAGCCGCGAGUCUAACGAACACAUCGCGCCGCUCCAGAGACCGGUUCCUCCGAGGUCGAUCGUAACAAACCCCGCAAACAUGGCGACACAAGUCAUGGAUACGAAGAAAUCGAGAGAUUCAUAGUUGGAGCCCGUCUUUGGCGAUCUUCGACCAACAGCUCGCUUAUCUCACCUUCUUUUUUUUUUCUACCGAAAUAGCAGAAUACAUGUAUUUUUGUACGAAUUAUAAAUAUUAAUAACCUAAAUAA